UAUUUUAAAUAUAUUUCAAUGAUGUUUGAAAACGACAGACAUUUCAGCCAUUUAUCGGAAAUUGAAAGAGAAAUGAGUUUUCGGUCGGAAAUGGCUUUGUAUUACAAUUACUACAAACGUUUGGCCGACAGACACGACCCGAUACACGGAAUGGCUGCCAAAAAAACUGGUGCCGAUGUUGUGACUGCCAUUUAUACCGUACUGAACGACAAUAUUACCGAAUUUCCCGACACUUUCAAUGCUUUGAAAAAGUUUAAUAUAUAUCCCGAAGUUGUCAUCGGUUUGUUGUAUCGGGUGUUCGUUGAUAUCAUCCAUCGAUUGGAAAUCAAUGAUCCGAAGGAGUGUUUUGUUGUCGAAAGAGGCGACGAUAUGCCGGCCAUUGAAAGCUGCGAAGGCAUAGGACAUCCCAUUUAUUUCUAUAUCUUUACCAUCUUUGCCAUCAACUCAUUGGUCGCACCAAUUCUUUUUCUCAACUCGUAUAUCAUCGGCCGCUACAGUCUGGCCAGUGCUGUGUUCACACUAUUCAUGUUUUUCUUCAAUCACGGCAACUGUACCCGUAUUCAGUGGACACCACCGCUUAGGGAGUCAUUCGGAUAUCCCAUAUAUUUGAUACUUCAUUGUUAUAUCAAUUACUCGUUUAGUAUCMGAUUUAAGACAUUUAAUCGACUAAUAGUCAUCUCAUUAUUAGUAGUAUUACAUAUCAGUUGGCAAUUCUCACCAUUUCUUCAAUUAUCACAACUGAUUAGUCUAUUCUUGACAUUCAAAUGCCUACAAAUUAGGAUCAAAUCAAUAGAUAGCAAACAUUUCUUAAGACUAAUUGAAUGCAAUUUCUGUUCAGUAAUAAUAGCGAUGACAGUGACAAACAAAGUGGUCAAAUAUUUGCCACAAAUAAUUGUGUCAAAAAUGAAAUCAAUUAACAGAGUUGUUAUGAUUUUAAUAAAUUGUUUGACAAUUUCAGUGCUAACACUUGUGUCGAAAGUGAUGAUCUCUUAUCUGACUGACAAUAGAGACGACAAUCAUGUCUGGUAUAUAUUGUUAUCAAAGUUGACAUCUUAUCGCGAUUUUCAUACAAUGUUAUACACUUGUAGUGCAGAAUUUGAUUUUAUGCCGUUAUCUGAUUUGAAAUCAAUUACAUUAACCCUAUUAGCUCCCUAUGCCAUCAUUGGCACAGUUGUCUCCAUUGCAAGACAUGCCAACGAAGCUCUCAUUCAGUUUAAUGCCAUACAAACCCUACUGUUUAUGACUAUGUCUUUGCUAAUAAUGAGACUAAAGCUAUUAUUUGUGCCGCAAUUAUGUAUUAUGAGUGGACUAAUAUGCCGUUCCUCCUCCCGUUCCUCUGGUCUUAAUUAUCUAAACCUCUUUCUCUAUACUUUACUGAUUUCAUUGAGUAGUUUUAAUGGCAUUCAUAAUAUUCAAACUCAACUUAACAUAAUUGGAGAGUAUUUUAAUGAACCCCUCGAACAACUAAUAGACUUCACAAUCACAUCGACCCAUCAAACGGCCGUCUUUGCAGGGACAAUGCCUACAACUGCAAACCUGAUGCUAUCAACGCGCCGGCCAAUAGUCAAUCAUCCAUAUUAUGAAUCACCGGUUAUUAGGAACCGAACUUAUAUAAUAUACCAAUUAUACAGUUCACAUGAACUCCGUUCAGUUCAUAGCCAGCUAUCGUCACUUUCAAUCGAUUACAUUGUCUUAGAGACCAAUUACUGUUAUUCCCGAACCGGAAAGUGUCGUAUGAAUGACAUCUGGAAAGUGGAAGACCGGCGACAAACUGGUAAUAGUCAUCGAUUGGUUGGCAAAAGUGGUAAAAAAGAAGAACAAGAAAUAGAAGAAGACGAAGGAGAGGGAGAAGACGCCGUCGGCGAUGAACAAGAGUUACCAUUAAUAUGCGAUCAACUAUUUGCUGAUCCGAAACCGUUAUUUAAACGUGUUUUUGCCAAUAAUUACUAUCAUGUCUUGCAAUUAAUUAAACACUAAUAAUGACAUUGAAAAAAACAGUGAACAGUCAAU